UACCCAUUUGGAUAGAUGAAGGCCAUUAAAAAUUGGAAAAUAAGGAAAAUUCCAUUUUUAAAAGGACCCUGGCCAUUACUCCGAGUCCCCAACCAGGGGAAGAAAGAGGGGCUUGAUCGUGGGAGGAUGGUCACAGAAAGUCGCCGCCUAGCUGUCCUCUACCUUCUCUUUUUCGCCGCCUUCCCCAGCGAUGUCACCGCAGCGUCAGCGUUCGAGCGGCAGCUCCAGAGCCGGGUGACCGCGCUUCCUGGUCAAUCGUUCAACGUCAGCUUCGCCCACUACUCCGGCUAUGUCACUGUCAAUAAGGAGGCCGGUCGGGCUCUCUUUUACUGGUUCUUUGAGGCCACCGAGGAUCCCGCCUCCAAGCCUCUCGUUCUUUGGCUCAACGGAGGACCUGGUUGUUCUUCUAUUGCAUAUGGAUUAGCUGAGGAGUUGGGACCUUUUCAUGUCAAAGCAGAUGGGAAAAGUCUUUAUCCCAACCCUUAUUCUUGGAAUCAAGUGGCAAAUAUCUUGUUUUUGGAUUCUCCUGUUGGUGUUGGCUUUUCCUAUGCAAACAAUUCUCAGGAUGUGGUGACGAAUGGAGAUAAAAGGACAGCGCAAGAUUCGUUAGCAUUCUUGAAGAAUUGGUUCAAGCUCUUUCCUCAAUACCGUGGAAGGGAAUUUUACCUAACUGGGGAGAGUUAUGCAGGACAUUAUGUACCUCAGUUGGCUCAAGCUAUCGUAAGGUCACAAAAGUUGACAGGAGAAAAGUCAAUAAACCUAAAGGGAUACAUGGUGGGAAAUGCUCUGACUGAUGAUUAUCAUGACCAUUAUGGAGUAUUUCAUUUCAUGUGGACAGCUGGCUUGAUUUCAGAUCAAACAUACAAGUUGUUAAACAUUUUCUGUGACUUCCAAUCAUUUGUACACACAUCAUCUGCAUGUGAAAGGAUCCUUGACAUUGCCGACAAGGAACUUGGGAAUAUUGAUCCAUACAGUAUUUUUACUCCUUCCUGUACUGCUAAUGUCACCUUAUCAAGGAAUAAGUUACUGAAAAGAAGGCAUUCAUUGGGGAUAAUAGGUGAAAAAUAUGACCCAUGCACUGAGAAGCAUUCUACAGUUUACUUUAAUCUGCCAGAGGUUCAAAAGGCUCUCCAUGUCAAUCCAGCAUAUGCUCCAAAGAAGUGGGAAACUUGCAGUGAUGCUGUGAAUGAAAAUUGGAAGGACUCUGAAAGCUCUGUGUUGCAUAUUUAUCAUGAGCUUAUUAGCCAAGGACUUCGCAUCUGGAUCUUCAGUGGGGAUACAGAUGCAGUAAUUCCAGUAGCAUCAACGAGGUACAAUGUCAAUGCUCUUAAGCUUCCCACAGUGACACCGUGGCAUGCAUGGUAUGACGAUGGUCAGGUAGGUGGAUGGACUCAAGCAUACAAAGGCCUCACGUUUGUAACUGUUAGGGGAGCAGGCCAUGAGGUUCCCCUACAUCAACCAAAACUAGCUCUAGUUCUUUUCAAGUCAUUCCUGUCAGGAAGGCCGAUGCCUACUUUAACUGAGCUCAACGUCCCAAUGUAGCUCGAUCGACUCGAGUCAUAAGUUGUGAUCGAGUUUUGCAGUUCCUAAAGAGACAGUGUGGAGGCAAAAGAAGGUUACUUGCACGAUUGGGUCACUAUUUACCGAAUCCAUAGUAUUAUUCAGGAGGAAGGAGCUAUACUUAUAUUCAUUCUCCUCCUUCACAUAUGUUUGUUGCGCAUGUGAUGGAAAAUGCCGUUAGGUGAGAAUGGCAAGCAAAUAAUGUUCAUUAACGAAACUGAAAACUAAGUUAUUUUGACAGAAAGUUUAAGUUUCAUCAGUGAGGAGUUAUUAAAUA